UGGGAGGGAUUUGAAGCACAAAGGGAGGAGCUUGUCGUUUGGUUGGCUGAUAUGGAUGUCCACCUGAGUGCGGUUGACCAGCUGACAGGAAACACAUGUGAAAAACUGAAACAACUGCAGAUCUACAGAUUUGGGAUAAGCUACAGGCUCCUCCACCCCUGCUGGCUCUUCUGUCCUGCCCAGGUUGGCGCUCCUGGUGCCCCCUCGUCAGGUCCAGCAGUCCUACCGUCCAUCCAACAGCUCCUUCUCCCCUCUUACAGCCUCUAUGGGAGCUCCAUCUGUGGUGGCUACAGGCCUUACAGCUACAGCUAUGGUGGCGGCUAUGGUGGUGGCUACAGCCUGGGAGGAUACAGACACACACCUCACCUUGAAGACGUCCCCCCCAGCAGACACUAACUGGGCGAGCGAGGAGGACGACCACGUGGUGGCCAGAGGAGAAUAUGACUUGACAGCUGCUUCUCAGGAGGAGCUUUCUAUGCGAGCUGGAGAGAUGCUCAACCUCGCUCCUAAAGAGCUACAGCCCCGUGUGCGUGGCUGGCUCCUGGCCAGUGUGGACGGUGAGACCACAUGCUCGUCCCAGCCAACUACGUUAAGAUCCUCAGCAAGAGAAGAGACCGCCGGGCCACAGAUAUGAGAGGCUCGCUCAGGCCCAGCAGGCAAACACGCAGGCACCCCAAACAACCUCAUCUGCACAAAUACCCUAAUCUGUGCCUCUCCUGCAGCCCAUAAACGUACAGCAUCUACCCACAUCAUGUACAGUACUUGAAUGAUCCAUCUCGUCUUUCAGCUCAGUCUCGUCAGAUUCAUUAGGCUCAGCUGUGUCCCCCUCCUGUGUGCAGUUUCCUCGUUUCCCUCUGUGUGUAUUUAUAGUAGUGAUGGCCAAACAAAGCUUUCUGAAGCAUUGAAGCUUGUGUUGAAAAACGAUUCAUUACUGGAAGCUUUUUAACACAGUCCUCUCUGGUGACAUCUGGUGGUCAAAAAUAUGAAGAGCAGCUUGAAUCUACAAAAAAACUGAACUGCUUCAUUAUGAUUGCCCACUCUACACAGUGGAAUUCACAAUUCACAAUUGGACAUCACUGAUCACGUGACUGUGGCCAAACGAAUCAAGCAUCGACAGAGUGCUUCUGAAGCGGUGUGUUGGUGUUUUUUGACACACGCGCCGGAGCGUCAGCUUCAAGCGGGCCCUCACUAAUUUAUAGCAUUUGUCCUCUUGUGUGUGUUACUGGUCCGUCUGUGCUCCUCCAUGCUGUUUUUCCUGCUUGUCAUCCUUCGUGUUUUAACUCCAUUCCCUCGUGUCCAGGUUUGUUAUUUGGUUCUCAGCUUUCCCAGUUUAGGUUUUCUUAGUUUUGUUUCUCGCCUCCCUCGCCUUUGUUUGUAUGUCACUCUCCAUGAAUAAAGCUCACUCACAUCA